ACUUUCUCCAACCAUCAGGAGACCCCAACUCAGCCUCCAGAGCUGCCUAAGGAGGUUGUAGCUCCUGUGUAUUAUGAGAUAGCAGUUCCAACACCAAGUCAAGCUCAGGCUCAGCAUCCAGCGUCACCCAGUGUCACAGUUCAACAUUCGGACCUGGAGUUCACCACGAUUUCAGUAUCCACCACGCAGGCUGAACAUCCUGUUGCCCUGGAGAAGGCUGUAGCUCCACUUCCAGACCACGUUCAGACUCGGCCUCCAAACCUGCCUGAAGUUACAGUUCAACCUUCUGAGAUGGAUUCUACUGUAAAUCACAUCUCGGAACAGAGUGCCACCACAUAUGCCACCAACAUAUGCGAGCUCUGUACCUGCAAAGAUGAGACGAUGUCGUGUGUUGGUCUCAGCCCAAAGCAGAGGCUCCGCCAAGUGCCUGUGCAGGAGCCUAACGCCUAUAAUGGCACCUUCACCGUCUUAAAUUUUCACGGAAAUGCUAUUUCUUACAUUGAUAAGAAUGUCUGGAAAUCAUACCCUUGGACUGAGAAACUAAUUCUCAGUGAAAAUCAUUUGACCGAAUUACGUAAAGAUUCAUUUGAAGGCCUGCUCUCCUUCUGGUAUUUAGAUUUAUCCUGCAAUAAAAUCCAGUUUAUUGAAAGAGGAACAUUUGAAACACUACCAUUUUUGCAGUUUGUAAAUCUUCGUUGCAAUUCACUAACAGAACUGAGCUUUGGAAUAUUUCAGGCUUGGCAUGGAAUGCAAUUUUCACAGAAGUUGAGGGCUUUUUCUGGUUCAGGUGGCCACUUCGGCUUGCGGAUAUGUACAGACCUCUCAAUGCCAGACGCCAGAAAAACAUGGCAGAGAAGCUGCAUGACAAGGAGUCUUCUGAUGAGAAGGAGAUUUUCAACAAGGAUGCAGGGGAGCUCACCGAAGUUGUGGUGACCACACCGGUGGAGUCUGGUGCCGAGGGCGAGGAAAGUGAGAACCCGCCGGAGGAGGAGGAGGAAGCAUAGCGACCCAGCCUGCCUCAGGCUGCCUGCGAAUAAAUUUUCUAUAUAUUAUGUAUGGCGUCUCAGCAUUGCCUGUA